UGCCGCCUCUGGCUCAUUCAAAGAGUCGCGGGAGAGACGAGGGAGUAGACGCUCUUCACACGCCACUCCAGGGUAACCCUUCUGCUGAGUUAUUGUUGCACGGGAUAACGUGGGGCCCUGUGCGGAUUUGAGUGCCUUACCGUACGUAACAAUAGCUGCAGUAGUUUACGGAGACUAAGUAACUUUGAGUGCGCUGUUCACACAAUGGGGGUCGAGUGCGAGCAGAACCUCGACCGUUUCAGAGGUCUGUUGAAGCAAGAGACACUCACACUCUCAGAUUAUUGUUUGAAGUGGAAGAAUAUACUGAAGUCAACCACAGAUAUUCCUGAAGCUAUUGAGGGGGAUGUCAUGGUUGCUGUUGGUCAAGCUGAACUCCUGAUGAAAGAACGGUUUUCUCAGUUCAAUGGUCUGAUUGAUGAUUGUGAAUUUAAACGUGGAGAAAAGGAGAUCAAAUACCUAGACCUUCAAGGGUUUUGGGAUAUUAUUUACUUUGAGGUAGAAGAUGUCGUUAAGAAGUUUGGUGGGCUUGAGAAGACCAAAAGUAAUGGUUGGAAAGAAAUAAGAUGUUCACCACAAACAAAUUUAGCCCCUAAGAAAAAAAUUGCACCUUGUAAGGCAUUACCUGUAAAGCCUAAAACAGGUGGGGCAUCCACCACCACCACCACCAACAGCAGCAGCAGCAGUAUUAGGGCUCACAUUUUGGCGGCACGAAAAAGAAUGCUUGCCCUGAAAAUUGAGAAUGAAGAGGAAUCCAUUCAAGAAUCAGAGGGCUCUGAUCUCAACAAGGGUUCCUCUGCCAUUGAAAAUGGAAACAAAUUUACAAAUGGAUGUAAUACAUCAGAUGAUGAGACAAAAAAUAAGAACCAGCCACAAAAUCCAGAAACAGCAGUGUUUGAUGCUGGUUUCUUCAAGGUCGAGACUCCAACCAAGACAAAUACUGUUGAGAAAAGGUUUACUCCAGGGAAACCAGAUCAAAAAGUGCUGGCUUCAACUGUCCUGAGGGAGCGAAUGCAUGACUCUCCUCUCGUCCAUAAAGACUACUCUCCCUGCAUUCGUGUUACAAGAUCAAUGAAGGCAAAGUCUGUACGUUCCAGGAAGCUAAAUCUCUAAUUUGUUUCCCCUUCUUGAUUACUUGUAUGAUUAGCAAUAUUUUCAAUGUUCAGAACUUUCAUGAAAAUGUGUAUAUAUAUAUAAUACACCGUUAUAUACAAUAAUGAGAACCUUGUAUUACUUGUAUACUUAAUGCUCAUAGUUGAAAGUGUUACAAUUAUUUUUCCUGGCUACCAGGAUGAAAUUAAAGCAAAUACACCACUGUGAAUAUGUUUUGACCAGAUAUAUUUUCAUGGUGAGAACUUAAGUUUUGAGUUUAAUGUUGCAGUGUUGCAUAUUAGUAGCAUACAGAUGGCAGGUUCGGUGGGAGUGUUGUUUCUCAUGUGCAAUGUCAGGUGUCAUUACCUCAAGAAAAUCUUUAAAAUAUGCUGUUGUAAGGAAAAAAAAAAGGGAAUUAAUUUUCUUUUAAAUUAAGAAAAUGGGAUUCUCAUAUCUUCAUUACUAGAUGAUACUUUAUAUAAUAAUUAUACCAAGCAUCAAAGCUAAGCUUGUGUAAAAAUAAUUUUAUUAUGUCAUUUAUCAAUUUAAGUUUUCAACAGUAUUUUCAAGUAGAAUUUUUAUUAUUGUUGAUGCCUUUUAUUUCACUGUUUUCAUUUCCAGACAAAAAUUUUCCUUUUAUAAAUAAAUAGUUUUGUUUGGAAAUAAAAUGCAUACACUGAGGUUGAUAACUACUUACUUGAUGUCUUAUCAGUGCAAAAUUGUAUUAUUUUCUUUCAUAGAUAUUAUAACUUCCAGAAAACUUUGCUUAUUAAUCAGUGAAAGUGUGUGUGAUCUACAUAUAGAGCAUUCUUAAUUUGUAGAGUAAUGCAUUGGAAAAUGUGAUCUUUUAAAUGCAUAAAUGUUGUACUUCUACCUCUACACUUGUAAUAUAGUUCUCCCCUUCGUCUAGGAAAGUAAUGUCUACUAUAUUCUAAACAUUUUACAAAUUUGUACACACUGCCACAUAUUCUACCCUUUAAAAUAGUUUUAAGAUUUUUACAAGUAUUUAGAUUACUGUGAUUUUUUAUAUACUUUACCAAAGGAUUUGUUUUUAAUUUGAUUAGUACAAUGAGAAUUUUACACUUGUGAAGAAUUUUAAUUUUCUGCCAAGAGGUUCCUAGCUGUCACCACAAUGUUGUACAGUAUUGGCAUACCAAAUAGCAAGCAGAAUGAGCUAUCAGUAAACUAGACUAGAAGUCAAUCUAGUACAUACUGUACAUUUAUACUCUUAAAAUAUUCAACUGAGUACUAAAGAGUAUUGAUGUUGAGAGAGAGAUCUGCCUCUUACAUUACAUGAUGUACACUGCACAAUUGUUAAUCACACAGUUUUAAGGCAACAUAUGUAUGUUGAAUAACUAACGUAAAUUUUUCAAUAUAGAUGUUGUAAAGGGCUUAUAUUUUGUUUAUGCUGGUUUUAACUAAUCUAUGUAUAGCAUCUAAAGAAUUUUCAGUAUUAGAUACCAGUGUUUAUAACUAAAUGUGUUUAAGAAUUCAUUCAAACAGCUAAUGCAUAUUUUUCUUUAAUGAACACUGGUAAAUACGUGUAAAUAUUUUGUUGCAUAUCAAUCCUAGUCUCAAUAUACUCAGUUUUUAUAUAAAAUAAUAAAGGGCAGUUUUGGUAAGAAGGAUCUUUUAAUGUGCUUCCUUUCACACAUGGGACAAAUUAUAUAUUAAAGAUAAAUUAGUGGUGUAUUUAUGAUAACAAGGAGUGAUGUUGCAGGUAAAGAUUUGUAAGGGUAAAAUUGUCUUGCUGUUGCAAUCUACUUUUAAGGAACCUUUUAGAAUGCAAUCUGAGACUUCAUGCAACUGGUAGAAAAAAAGUUUAAAUGGUUAUAUAUAGAACAAAAUAUUAAAGUAAAACACUGA